CCACCCCCCAGGUCCCCUUCACCCACUUGCAUACCGCAGGUCAAGUUAAUGUAUAUAAGCUACAGUUACUAUUAUGUCUUCAAAAUCUGCUAGCUAAGACAUCGUUAAAGUCAAAGAAUUAAUCCAAUCCAUCAUUUAAAAAAAUGGCGUUAUCGUCGAUAUUUCUCGUUCUCUGUUGUCUAGUUGGCACGUCUUUGGUUAUGGCUCAAAGUGGGUGUCCAAGGCCAAGCCCUACCUUUUAUGAUGCCUUUUACGACCUAGCAACCGGCAAAAGCAGGGACUUUGCUCCGAAUAUCACCCGAGUUCAAAACAUUGUAGGCGUUGGAUGCAAUGCUAGAGGAGUUCUCAAACUGGCGUUCUCAGACACUGACGCCAGCAAGAAGAGGCUUCUGAUUGAUUUGUUCUUCACUUCCCCCAAUGGCUGGGUUUUCAAUCUUGGAGACUCUAGCACUAACAAUGGAUUUGGUGGUGAUUCUUCCACACAGAGCAAUGACGCCGAACUACAGCUGGUGAAUACUGCUCUCAGCGGCUUCCUAAGCGACAAUGGAGGUGGCGCCUCAGCUUUCAGUACAUCACUGCCUACUGCCUACUCGCGCCUGACGCUUGUGAUAGGUAACGAACACACUGUUUUUAUUCCGAACGGUGACGUCUCCCUGGCCAACUAUUACACCAAUGUCAACUGGUUUGCACUGAACAGUCAACUAGAUCAAAGCGGACCUGUCAACAACGACCUCUUUCUUGGUCUGAACCAAGUUAUUCAGGCCACUACCGGACGUACUGGCUCUGGCCUUUGCCAAGUUGGCUUGAAAUUUAUAACUGCAUUCUAAUUUUUGUUUUUCUAAAAUUUAUGUCGAUUUAAAAUUGUAUAUCACAGACCUAUAUAUA